AUGGUCCAGCCUGGUGACAUUGUCUGUGACGAUACGCCUGCCGACGUUGCGGACUAUCGGCCGGCACAGACAAAUCUAGUGCGAGUGGCCCGCAUAGGCGGCCGACAAGAUUUGUUGUGCUUCCGGGAGAAGGAGCCGAUACGAGAACUGCCUCAGCCACCACCGCGUUGUCAGUGGCCAUAUCUUCUGCAGCACCAUCUCAACGAUCUGGCUAGGGAGGCCGCCCGCGAGGACUACACCUAUCGCCUGCCUGCCUAUAUCGAGAAGAAGCCCAUCCGAUACCAGAAACUACCCACCAAGAUACCCCAGACUUCACCACCACCGCUACCAAAGAAGAUCAGAUGGAUACCGGGGAAGUUGCCUGAGGACCGAGCUGGUUACACAGACUACAACAAACGUCUACACAAGACCGAGUACUCGGGUUUGGCAUUUCCGGAUUUGAAGGAACUGAGCGAUCAACCUGAAUCUAUGGCGGCUCUAUUGUCUCAGAAGUAUACCUCGGACUACGACGAAUACCGCAAGCAGUGGCGAGAGGUAAAACACUUGAUGCAACCUCGCAGUACGUGCAAGCCCAUAGCACCCAAGCGGAUCUCCGUAUAG